UAUAAGGGCUAUUGGAUUUUGCUCGCUUUAAACGUCAAUCCUUCUAAAAAAGAUUGGCUUGAAGACUUUAAGGAAUGGAUUGUCCCUGCAGAUGAUAAAAACAAGGCCUUUUGUAAGUUCUGCAGAUUCACUGGAAUAUUAUAGAUAAGUUGAAAAACUCUGUGCACGAUGAUAACUCCUCUGGAUAUUUUAUCAAUCGAAACAUGGCUUCUGAUAGCAAGCGUGGUAUUGCUAAUCAGGUAUUAUUUGAACUACAAAUGGAGUUACUUCGAAAGACUCAAUAUUCCUUACGAAACACCAUCUGUAAGAGAAAUUGGAAGCAUGCGAACUGCCUUUAGUAGAGAUAAAGCGUUUGACUUCGAUAACGAAUGUAAGAAGAAGCACGGUAAUAUAUGGGGGCUUUUUGCAGGACUGUCACCCUGUAUAACAAUACAUGAUCCUGAUAUUUUGAGACAAAUUUUCAUCAAAGAAUUCUCAACAUUUCCAGAUAGAAAGAAAACACUAAGCAAAAUAAGCGGAAAAGAAAUGAACAGCGGACUGUCUAACUUGCAUGGUAAACAAUGGAAACGAGUAAGAUCGACUAUGACACCGACGUUUUCCUCUUCAAAACUGAAGCAAAUGUGUGGUAUAAUCGACUGGUGUGCCGGCAAUACUGUUGAUGCACUCAAUAGAAAAAUCGAGAAUAACAACGGGGUGUUUAAUUCAAAAGAAAUCUUUUCUCGUCUUUCAUUGGAUAUAGUAUGCUCAGCAGCAUUCAGCACGAACGCUCAUUCACAAGAUGACAGAGUAGAAGAGCCAGAAAUUUCAAAACAUGCCAAGAGAAUGUUUUCCGGAAAUUUACGAAGCCCGUUGCUAUUUUUGCUAUUUAUUUUUCCACAACUUGAAAAACUUGUUGAAAAAUUUAAUUAUUCAAUAUUUAAUAAAGAAGGUUUGAACUACUUUAAAAAGCUAUCACAUCACGUGAUAAAGCAACGACAGGAAAAUCCACACGGACAAACACGAGUAGAUCUCAUGCAAUUGAUGUUAGAUUCUGAGGUAUCGAAAGAUAAAAUAAAAGAAGGUUCAGAAAAAGGAAUGACAAAAGCAGAAAUUGUCGGAAAUUCAAUGUUAAUGAUAUUGGCCGGAUACGAAAAUACAGGAAAUGUAAUGAGCUGGACAGCCUAUAAUUUUGCUCAGCAUCCGGAUAUACAGGUCAAAGUUCAAGAAGAAAUUGAUGAAAUGAUGAAAAUCCAUGGCAAAUUUGACUACCAAAGUGUGACUAACCUGAAGUUCUUGGAUAUGUGUAUCAACGAAACACUCAGACUUUACAUGCCGAUUUUAAAGAAUGCUCGAGUCUGUGAUAACGAGAUCACUAUCAACGGAUUAACAAUUCCAAAGGGAGUGUUGAUAAGUGUACCGUCGUAUGGACUAGCGCACGAUCCUGAAUAUUGGGAAGAGCCUUAUAAAUUCAAACCUGAAAGGUCAAUUCCUCAGCUUGAUGAAUAAAAAUACUUAUCGAUGCUAGUGUGUUGACAAUCACUUUGAGUCGUAUUAUACUGUUUUCGUAUAUAUUCGAUAUUAUUUAUCAUCACUUUCAGGAUGCGAGACAUGAACCAAAUCGACCCAAUGAUGU